AGGGCGGCUGAGGCAGACAGAAUGGCAGGAGCAAAGCAUGGAAACAGGGAGCUGUGUGCCUGCUCUUUGCAUUCCUUCGAGAUGAACCUGUGAAGCUGGUCGUGGAAGACGAGACUGGAGAGGUCGAUAGGAGCCCCCGUCACGGAGGACCUUGCAUGUCCUGGCCAAGAGCUUUGACUCCACUCUCGCUAACUUUGGAGAGCCAGUGAAAGAUUUUAAGCACAUUACUGGCACCAGAUUUGAGUUUUAAAGAAAUCUUUUUAGCUGGAGGUUGGUAGUAGCUUUAAAGUGGCAAGGAGUCCCGUUGGGACAUGAAUUCCUUCCUUAAGUUGCAUGCCAAACUCUGUGCAUCUGUGUCUCGCUGUGGGUUGGGGAUCCACUGCUUCCAUCAGGUGAUGAAAGAGUGAUUAUACCCAGCAGCGGGCUAGUGAUGGCAUGCACCUGUUAGAGGUGUGGAUGAGCCAACGGUUCAGGAGGUUUAUUCAGCAGAUCUUAGUAUUUUAUUGGAGGUGGGGCUUGGAGGACAUGGCGGAGUUGAUGACUUCCUGGUUUCCACCAGAAAUAAUAAUAAUUUACUGGAAGGGAAAGGAGAGGAGCAGAGCAGAUACGGAAGGGAAGGUGAAGUGUUUGCUUCAGCCAUCUUUUGCAUUUGGUAAGUUUGGAACAUCCAAGUGACAAUCUGUACCUUUCGCCUCAUUUUUGUGCGUGAAGAAUUUAGAGGCAAGAAUAAUUUGCUUCAGAACAUGCAUCAGAAUAGCAGCAGAUAUCAAAGACUUUAAGAAGUGCCUUUCCCUCCCUCAGCUUCUCAGUCGGUGGUGGAAAGAAAGUCUUAAGGAGCAGCAAAGGCGUGAUUGUGCCAGAGUGCCGAUUUCCAAAGCAUUCCAGUAUUCCAGGGACUUGAAGGGAUGCUUCAGGAUUUCACUAGGGAUGGCACAAAAUUUUAUUUUAAAGUCAUAUUUAAAAUUGUUGUAUAUUGAAACACACACACACACACACACACUUGAGAUAUAAUGUCCUUAAAUGUGCUGUGCAAUAUUUUGACUUAUCAGAGACUCCUAACAUGGUGCUUUAUGCUGCUAGGUUAACCCAGUUUGUGCAGACUUUGGAAUAAGGCUCUCUUGCCAUCUUGUUCUUACUGAAAAGCAUCCCAUGAAUGCAAGGUGAUCGGUGGCAGCAAAUGAUCUUCAGUAGCCUGCUAGUCUCCCUCCUUUGACUUACACCUCCUGCGGCUAGUUCUGUACCCACGGCCAGUCAUCUUUCUAAAACAGAAGUCUGAUCCUAUCGCUUGACUGCCUUUUAACAGCCUCUGGAGUCUUGCUGUUAAACCUAAAAUAACCCCCAGACUUUUGUUGUGGUUUGCAAAGCCCCCUUGCACCUUCUGUUCAUCUGUCCCUCUCCCUCCUGCUCCCGUGAAAGCCAAGGUGGCCUCUCGCUGUUCCUGGCAGCAGGCAUGUGCCCUCAGGACCUUUGCACUUGCGCUGCUCUCUGCUGGACUGCUUUUCCUCCGCACCUGUGCGGCCACCCUCCUUUCCUUCUUCACGUCUCCUUAUUGCUCACUUCCUCGGAGCAUCUUUUUCUAAUGUGCUCACCCUUCCUUCCAUCAGCUGCGUCUCCUGAGCUUGCCUUCAUUUCCCUCAUAACAGUUCUUUCCUAACAAUGUGUGUGUAUUUGGUUUUCUUGUUGGUCUGUCUCAUCUUUCUGAGAAUGGGCCCCCUGAGGUCAGGGCCUUUACCUGUCUUAUUCACUGCUGUAUCCCCAGCAUCUAAAAGGCGCUCACUGGGUACCCAGGAAUGAAUGAACGAAUCAGAUUUUCUUGCUACUCUACAGAUGAAUCAAAAAUGUAGAAAUAAGUUGGAUGAUGGGGCUAGUGAAAAAGCUUGGGCUUGGAACUCAGUCUUGGGCAAGUGGCCUAAGGACAGACACUGGUACCUUGUUUUUCUGAAAAGAACUGAUCAUGUCAGAAUGACAGGAAGCUCUCUGUGCACUCGGCCGUCUGUGGGAGCUUUGAAGACAAUAAAAUAGUAUUCGUUCUACCGGGGAGCUCCUCUGCAUCGAGCGACGGUGAAAAAUGUUUCGGAAAGGCAAAAAACGGCACAGUAGCAGCAGUUCCCAGAGCAGUGAAAUCAGUACUAAGAGCAAGUCUGUAGACUCCAGCCUUGGGGGGCUCUCACGAUCCAGCACUGUGGCCAGCCUCGAUACAGAUUCCACCAAAAGCUCAGGACAAAGCAAUAACACUUCAGAUACCUGUGCAGAAUUUCGAAUAAAAUAUGUUGGUGCCAUUGAGAAACUGAAAUUCUCUGAAGGGAAAAGUCUUGAAGGGCCCCUAGACCUGAUAAAUUAUAUAGAUGUUGCCCAGCAAGAUGGAAAGCUGCCUUUCGUUCCUCUGGAGGAAGAAUUUAUUAUGGGAGUUUCCAAGUAUGGUAUAAAAGUGUCAACAUCAGAUCAGUAUGAUGUCCUGCAUCGGCACGCUCUGUAUUUAAUCAUCCGGAUGGUGUGUUACGAUGAUGGUCUGGGGGCAGGAAGAAGCUUGCUGGCUCUGAAGACCACAGAUGCCAGCAAUGAGGAAUACAGCCUCUGGGUUUAUCAGUGCCACAGCCUGGAGCAAGCACAAGCCAUCUGCAAAGUUUUAUCCACCGCUUUUGACUCCGUAUUAACAUCUGAGAAAUCCUGAAUUCUGCAAUCAAGUGGAAGCUGACUUCGUGUGGGAGUUCGGUGGCUUUCAGUCUGCAGGGUUGAGCUGUUAUGGGAGUAGGAAGUGGUGAAAGCGAAGAAAUGCGGUGUGUAACAUACUGAUCAUUUGCUUUUCUAUUAAAAUGUGUCUUAUUACGGUGA